AUGGAGGCCCCAGAUCCCUCGUUCGUUCGUGUCAUCACGACCUUGGGCCACGUUGAUCAUGGUAAAACAACCCUCAUGGACGCGUUGCUUGCUGCAAACAAUAUUAUAUCCCAUCGGAUGGCCGGCAAGCUCAGGUUUCUGGAUAGCAGGGAAGACGAACAGGAACGAGGUAUAACUAUGGAGAGCAGCGCCGUUACACUCAAGUUCCAGGUUGCUGAGAGGGGCAGCGAUGGGGAGAGAUUAAUGAAGACGUACUUUAUUAAUAUGGUUGACACCCCAGGUCAUGUGGACUUCUCUAGUGAAGUGUCUACUGCAUCGCGACUAUGUGAUGGUGCCCUUGUCUUGGUGGACGUCGUUGAAGGCGUUUGUACCCAGACUAUAGCUGUGCUGAGCCAGGCCUGGCAGGAUCGCCUGCGACCCAUCCUCGUCAUCAACAAAUUUGAUCGUCUGAUCACUGAACUGAAAUUGUCUCCAAUCGAAGCAUACAAUCAUCUUUCCCGCUUAGUUGAGCAGGUAAAUGCAAUUAUGGGGAGUUUCUUUGCGGCAGAGCGAAUGGAAGAUGAUUUACGGUGGCGGGAAGAACGAGAGAGGCGCCUUGCCGAAAGAAGGGAAGCAAUGGGUGAAGAAGCCGAUUCAUCGCUCGUUGAAGAAGAGUUCCAAGAGAAGGACGACGAGGAUAUCUAUUUCGCGCCCGAACGGGGCAAUGUCAUAUUUGCAUCAGCGAUCGAUGGCUGGGGUUUCCGCGUCAGCAAAUUCUCGCAGCUAUAUUCUACUAAACUUGGCUUCAAAGAGCACACCUUGCGGCGAGUGCUGUGGGGUGAUUUCUUCUUGGAUCCGAAAACGAAGAAAGUCAUAGGGUUCAAGCACCUCCGUGGUCGAUCGUUGAAGCCACUAUUCGUUCAAUUUGUCUUGGACAAUAUUUGGGCUAUUUAUGAGGCGGUCCUGCUGAACCCGAAUCCCGAUAAAGUCACCAAGAUAGUGGCUUCUUUGGAUUUGAAGAUACUUCCACGAGACCUGAAAACGAAAGACUCGCGUAAUCUCGUUGGCCUUAUAUUGUCUCAGUGGCUCUCUUUGUCAACAUGCAUCAUCCAAAGCGUUAUCGAUGUCGUACCGGCCCCGUCCGUUGCCCAGAACACCCGCGUGCCAAAAAUCCUUUAUCCACAACUUCAUCGCGACGAGAAAGUAGAAGCAAAGAACAAACUUGAAGAAGACUUGUUUUCGUGUAACUACUCCAGCGAUGCCUACGUCUCUGCGUACGUCAGUAAAAUGUUUGCCGUCCCCGCAAAGGACCUCCCCGAGAACAAGAAGAAGGUCAUGACCGCCGACGAAAUGCGAGCGAGGGCGAAGGCUGCGAGAGAAGCCAGACAAACUGAUGCUCCAAACCCGGAACCUCGAGGUGCUUCUUCAUCAGACCAGAACGAAGGAACCGACCCGCAGGAGAAGGAAGGGGAAGUAUUGCUAGGAUUUGCGCGACUAUACUGCGGAACCCUUCGGCCUGGUAUGACGGUUUAUGCCGUUCUCCCGAAGUAUGACGCUACACUAGGGCCCAAGCACCCUACCAAUCGAAAGUACAUAACAACAACAGUCGUCGAGUCCUUGUACACCAUGAUGGGGCGUGAGUUAAUAGCAGUGAACAGCAUACGCGCAGGCAAUACAUUCGCUAUACGAGGCCUUGAAGGGAAGGUGUGGAGAAGCGCCACUCUUUGCGCGCCAAGUGAACAUGGCGUUUCACCAGAGACCAGCGACUCUCCAGAAUAUGUCAUCAAUCUCGGGGCCGUCAACCGCACUGCACCUCCAAUCGUAAGAGUUGCGCUAGAGCCUGAGCGACCUGCCGAUAUGCAAAAGCUGUUGGACGGACUGAAGCUCCUCAGCCAAUCAGACCCCUGCGUAGAAACCUUUCAACAAUCCACGGGUGAACAUGUUAUCGUCACAGCUGGCGAAUUACACUUGGAGCGAUGCCUCAAGGAUCUGCGGGAGCGGUUUGCUCAAAUUGAUAUCCACGUGUCGAAACCAAUCGUUCCGUUCCGUGAGACAGCUGUCCGCGCUCCUGACAUGGCGCCUCAAAAGACUGCUGGUGCCCCCCGGGGCACUAUCAAUGGAGCCAUUUCGCACGACCUGGUCAAGUUCACUAUCCGCGCUACCCCAUUACCACCUCCCAUUCUUGAUUUCAUUCUCCAAAACCAAAUUACGAUCCGAAACCUUGUCAACGACGAAGGAUCUAAGCAACAUGGGGAAGAUGACAGCGAUGGGAAUAUUGAUCAAGAACUAGCUGGCCAUGUCCAUGGUGACGUUGAUCGCACACCCACUGUGUCGGCGGACAAGUUCUGGGAGACGCUGCACGAAGUAUGCCAGAGUGCCGGAGAGGAAUGGAAGGACCUUGAUGAGCGGAUAUGGGCGUUUGGACCUCGUCGGACUGGCGGGUGUGUGCUUACAGAUGGAAGAAAAGGUUCACGUCCUCAUUCAAUCAGGAAUCUGGCGGAAGACCGGAAGACCGCUUCGACGCAGGAUGAGUUGAGUAAACUGUUGGAGGAUCUGGAGAAUCACAUCGAAACAGGCUUCCAAUUGGCAACGCUCCAAGGGCCUCUGUGUGCAGAACCGGUAGAAGGAGUCAUGUUUUGUUUAGAAAAAUUAGAGAUCAGCACAGAGGACAUCAGUCAAGAAAUAGAACAAAAUCGGAUGGCUCAGGUUGCUGGAUCGCUGAUCUCGGCCGUUCGUGACGCAUGUCGAAACGGAUUAUUGGAUUGGUCGCCGAGGUUGAUGUUGGCCAUGUACUCGUGCGAUAUUCAAGCGUCAACUGAUGUGCUGGGCAAGGUUUACGCUGUGGUUGCCAAGCGACGGGGGAGAAUCGUUGCGGAGGAAAUGAAGGAAGGAACAUCAUUCUUCACAGUGUCUGCGUUGCUUCCUGUCGUAGAAAGCUUUGAUAUUCGGAAACGUACGUCUGGUGCUGCAAGUCCACAAUUAAUCUUCAGCGGAUAUGAGCUGCUUGAUCUCGACCCUUUCUGGGUGCCUACGACCGAGGAAGAGCUAGAGGACUUGGGAGAGAAAGCUGACAGGACAAACGUUGCUAAGGCUUACAUGGACGGAGUCAGGGAACGUAAAGGGAUGUUUGUUGACAAGAAAAUCGUGGAGUUCGCUGAGAAGCAGAGAACUUUGAAGAGAUGA